AUGUCUCGCUCUCAACAGAACAAGCUCCAGUCUUUCAUCCCCUCCUCCAUUGUAACUGCACAAAGCUCCGGCCGUACCUCUGAAUUGAUGACUGAACCUGGUUUACCAGCCCAGUUACUUACAUCACGGAGAAUCACCUCCCUCCAAGCGGUGCCCAUCACGCACUCUGUCUCCUCCUAUCAGAAGAUGAUCUCGCAGGACCUCGCUGCAGAGGCCAUUCCACUAGCCAACAAGAGAAGAAGGAGUGCAGAGGAUGCAGGUGAUGUAGAGAGAAUCAAUGUAAAUGAAGCCUCAGAUGGAGAUGCACGACUGCUGCUGAACGCCAAGGGAAAACAGCCCGCCCUUGCUGAGGGAGACUCAAGCUGUGCUGGGCAUAUCCGCACGGACAUAUUACCUCAGAUACUGCGAGAAGAACUCCUGAGAACGAAUUUGCCCCAGGCGCAGGCGCAGGCGCCGAUGCAGAACAAGGAGACAAGGCAGAUGGAAGGAAAAAUCCCUCAGGAUGAUUGGAAGUCCCAGGUUGCUGUCUUAACCAUGGAAAACCAGGAGCUCGAGUUGCUCGAACGUGAAGGAAGCAAGUCCCGAGAGUCGGCCCCCGUGAUGGAAGCACCUCUACUGCAGAGCAAGGGUGUCUGUGAUCAUUCACCACCUCUUCUGACACCCGAAAAUCCUUUGUACGGUCUCCCUCCUACUCUGCAACGGCUCCCAACAGUUCCUAGCCAUGAUAUUCACUUGAGGAAUCCGCCUCCUACUAUAGCGACGUGCUGGAUACCGGCAUCCCAACCUGAUCAGGCCAUCCCUGCCCAAAGUCCCUCUGAAAGACCAAUGAGGCAAGGCAAUAUUUUGUAUGGGGCGGUCUCAAGCCCUGUACAAGCUGUCCAGGACGUGAAGGUUGCCAAGUUGGUCAGAAUGGUUGCAGCAUUGAAGCAAUGCGUUGAAGAGAUAGAGAGGGAGCAGAAGAGGCAGGAAGGCUGUGUGAACUUUUAUUAUAGGCCAAAAUAUGGCAGCUGGUCACCUCAGCAGCAGGAGAGGGAGGGGCCAGACAUCCUGUCGGAUGACCUGAGUGAUGAUUGGGCUUGA